CGCCGCCGCCGCCCACCCAGUCCGCGCCGCCGCCGCCGCACCACAGCCAGGGUUUCAGCGUGGACAACAUCAUGACGUCGCUGCGGGGGUCGCCGCAGGGCGCGGCCGCGGAGCUCAGCUCCGGCCUUCUGGCCUCUGCGGCCGCGUCCUCGAGGGCAGGCAUCGCGCCCCCGCUGGCGCUCGGCGCCUACUCGCCGGGCCAGAGCUCCCUCUACAGCUCCCCCUGCAGCCAGAGCUCCAGCGGCGGCAGCUCGGGCGGGGGCGGCGGCGGCGGCGGUGCGGGGGGCGCGGGCGGCGCCGGGACCUACCACUGCAACCUGCAGGCCAUGAGCCUGUACGCGGCGGGCGAGCGGGGCGGCCACUUGCAGGGUGCGCCCGGGGCCGCGAGCGGCUCGGCCGUGGAUGACCCCUUGCCCGACUACUCUCUGCCUCCGGUUACCAGCAGCAGCUCGUCGUCCCUGAGUCACGCCGGCGGCGGCGGCAGCGGCCAGGAGGCCGGCCACCACCCUGCGGCCCACCAAGGCCGUCUCACCUCCUGGUACCUGAACCAGGCAGGAGGAGACCUGGGCCACUUGGCGAGCGCAGCGGCCGCGGCCGCGGGCUACCCAGGCCAGCAGCAGAACUUCCACUCGGUGCGGGAGAUGUUCGAGUCGCAGAGGAUCGGAUUGAACAACUCUCCGGUGAAUGGGAAUAGUAGCUGUCAGAUGGCCUUCCCUUCCAGCCAGUCUCUGUACCGCACGUCCGGAGCUUUUGUCUAUGACUGUAGCAAGUUUUGACAACCCCCGCCACGCCGAACUGAAAGGAACCCCCAAACAAAAACAGCCAAAGGAACCCAUCAAUGCAAAAUCGAAACCAAACAAAUCCAACUUUAAAAACUUGAGAACAUUCACUACAACAGUGAACAGAAUCCUCCAGAAAUACAGCUCACCAACACCAGCACAGAGAAAACUCUAUUUUCUUAAAAGAGUAAUUCGGAGCCACCUCCACUUUGCCUUAUCUAAAUAAACAAAAUCGUAAACUAUUUUGUACAGAGACACCAAAAUCAUGGUUUAUUAAAGGACAGUGUUACUCCAGAUAACACGUAAGUUUCUUCUUGCUUUACAGAGACCUGCUUCUCUCCUCUCCUCUCACUUUCCUGCCAUCUUCCUUGCCCUCUCACCUGUAAGAUAUUAUUUUAUCCUAUGUUGAAAGGAGGCGGAAAGUCCUCUUUUAUGACAAUCGUAUUCUUUUUAUUCAUGGACUUGUUUUAAAAUGUAAAUUGCAAUAUAGUAAUUUAUUUUUAAUUUGUAGUUGGAUGUUGUGGACCAAACGCCAGAAAGUGUUUCCAAAACCUGACGUUAAAUUGUCUGAAACUUUUAAAUUGUGCUUUUUUUCUCAUUAUAAAAAGGGAAACUGUAUUAAUCUUCCUCUAUCAUCUUUUCUUUCUUUUGUUGAACAUAUUCAUUGUUUGUUUAUUAAUAAAUCACCAUUCAGUUUGAAUGAGACCUAUAUGUCUGGAUACUUUAAUAUAGCCUUAAUUAUUAUUGAAAAAGAUUUCAGAGAUAAAACACUAGAAGUUAUCUCUUCUCCACCUAAAUCUCUGAAAAAUAGAGAAACCCUCUGACUAGACCCAGUCAAAUUUCAAAAAAUGUCUUUUUUUUUUUCCUGUUUAGAUUUCCUUUCCUGAAGCAUCUUCUGCAACAUGUACUAUUAUAGUCAGCUUGCUUUGUGGCUAGUAAAAACGAUAUUUCCUAAACAGAUCUGAGUUGGCAGAAAAAGUAAAGUUUUCUCAGUAAUGACAGAACGUGAUUUGGAAACUUUAAGCCCGUGACUUGGUAGUGGUCUUACCAUAGUGAUACCUGUGUGCAGAGGAUGCAAAUGUGCUUCCUGAUAUACACAGAUGAGUAUUUGGCUUGUGCUUCCCAUAGAAAAUUGCCAUGUGUAUUAUACAUCCCUGUGAGCCAGAUGCUGAAUGGAUUUUUUUCCUAUUAAUUCAGUACUUUGUAAGAGGAAAAGUAAACCAGUUUUUAAAUGUAUAUAUAUAACACAUCCACACUUAAAAUUCUUCAUGUAUUACAUAGAACGAUUGAUUUUUUUAAAAAAAAUGUACUGUGGGUUGGAAAGGGAUAUUUAAUCUUUGGGAAACUAUUUAGAAGAUAAUGUUUGUAGAACAAUUAUUUUUUGAAAAAGAUUUAAAGCAAUAAUAAGGAAGGAAGGAGAGAAGAGCAGAACAUUUUAGUCCAGGGUGGUUUCUUUUUAAACCAAUUUUUCUUUUUAAUUUACAGUUAAACCUAGGGGGCGAUUGGGAUUGGCCCUCUCCCCCCUCUGUAAAUACCCCAGGAAAUGUAAUAAAUUCAUUAUCUUAGGUGAUCUGCCCUGUCAAUCAGACUUUGGGGAGAUGGCGAUUUGAUUACAGACAUUCAGGGCCUUUCAGUUUGUUUUCAAGAUAAUACAGUUUCCUGCUAUCUGCCGCUCCUAUCUAGAGGCAACACUUAAGCAGUAAUUGCUGUUGCUUGUGUCAAAAUUUGAUCAUUGUUAAAGGAUUGCUGCAAAUAAAUACACUCUAAUUUCAGU